GUAUAUUUUGAGGGAAAAAAUAAGAGUGUGUCAACCAAUAACAAGACUGACAAUGGUUUUCAUAAAUGCACCAAAAUUAUCGUAACUAUUUUUUAUUAAAUUAUCGAAAACCUUUUUGAAAAUGUCGCGGACAACCAGGAAGAUCCUAGAAAUGGCACUAGUUGCUUCGAAAACUCUAAAAAGUUUUGGGGUCACUUCGUGGAAAUAUUUAAAAAUUGAAGCGGUGCCGCCCAUGACGGUAAAUUUCUUCAACGGACCAAGUGGUCGCAAAAUGGAAGCUUUCGUUGGAAAGUUGACUAAUGGUUUCAUAGGUGCUAUACAAACUAGGAUUAAAGAAAUUGACCUAGAGGAGGAAAGAAACAGGCGUGAACUAGCUGCCGCUAUGAAAGCACGAGAGGCAAGAUUAAUAGCUGAAGCGAAAAAGAAAGAAGCCGAAAGGCUCAAAGCUAUAGCACUGAAAGCUGCUGAAGCCGUCAAAAAAGCCGCGGCAUUGGCUGCAAAGCAGAAAGCUGAAAUGGAAGCUACUAAAGCAAAAGAAGAGAAACAAACCAAGACUAAAAAGCCUAAAGCUAAAGCUAAAGCAAAAUCCAAACGAAAACCUAAAGGGAAAGGAAAAGGGAAAUCAAAAGCCAAACCUAGGAAGAGGCGGCCAAGGAAAAAGAAAUGAACCUAGUGCGUAAUAAAAUUUAUCCAUUGAGAAAUAGUGAUGAAAUAUAUUUUAUUUGCAUCAAAUAUAAAUUAUAUUUUUAAAUAAUUAUGGCACGCUAAAUAUGUAUUUUUUACCAAUCUAAAUUGUUUCGUACUGUGUUAUUAAAUUGUUUUUAAAAUGAA